CGAAGCUUGAUAUACGCCAAGAUCCUUAUGCAACAUUGUUAGCCUGCGACUAGUCAUGUUUGUCUUCCCAGUCUACUGCACUGCCGAGGUGCCAAUUCCAGUAAUGGAAAAGUUCCUUCGCGAUGCACUUGCUGGAAGUGUUGACUUGGCCCCGGGUAGCGAUUAUUGUCUCGCUAUUAUUACAAGGGCCGACGAAGUGCCCUCUGGGGCGUCAAAGCCACCAUUGCAACCAUUUGCCUCCCCAUUCCUAGGACAGUCUAUAGAAGAUAUAUCUCGUCAACUGAACGGGGCGACAUACUUCGCUAUCCUAGACGAGCAAUCCACGCCGGAUGAAACGGUGAUCCUGGGUGAGCAUAGAGACGGCAAAGUUGAGACCGUUCGAGUCACCUUCUACUCGGCCCAGUCUCUACUCACUUCAUUUUAUAUCGGUACUUUAGGCUUCUUCGAAAUCCAAUACAAUGCGGCUAGAGAAGGAGGUGUCUAUAAACAGGAGAAGCCCGAGGCCAGGAGGAGGGGUGGACCGGCUCCUCGGAAAUUGCUUGAGUCUCGUCGAUUGGGAUAAGAAGCGAAUAGUAUUUAUCCGUGCCGUGCUUGGGAUAGGAGGAGGGAUUGCUGCUUACUUAGAAAUGCUAUUGUAGGAGCCGAAGUGUAUUAUCACUGCACAUGAGCUACCUAUCAAAUCUCAUAAUGACCAGGACUAGGUGGCACAUCACCAGAGUCCCACGCAGUCCUCUCGGCACCAAGCUCAAAUUCCAGCAAGCUGUCCUCUCCGUUAGGCCGGACUAUGUCAUCAUGACUGACCCAACUUUGGUUCCACGACUGUCCGUUGACUUUUAGGCUCUGAAUAUACGGCCCCUCGUCCAACCCUGUAGCUCUAAUGCUUAAAACAGCGCCGGACUCCCCAACGCUCACAGUGAUAUUCUCAAAUCGUGGGGAAAGGAUCAGAUACACAGGUUGUGUGACAACCGGGUAGAUACCGAUCAAAUUCCAGAUUAACCAGCUGCUCAUCGCACCGGCAUCAUCGUUUCCAGGGAUUCCGGAGGGACCCGUAUUGUAGAAUUGAUCUACUACCUCCCGUGAUC